AUGGCUGCUAAGUUUGGGGAAAAGUCUUACUGCCCUCCAGCAUGUGCACUGCUUGAGUACCUUGCACACUGGGCCCUGCCGUCUCAGACGUCGGACGGUAUGGCGACCGGUGAGAGGCGAUCAAAUCUCAGGUUGCUCAGGACGUCAUUGAUUCUGGACCAAGGCGACACACGGACGACUCGCCAUGGAGAUUGUCUCAGGCUUUGUACUUGCAACGCGAGAACAGUGUCCACAGACGCUGAUCUGCAUGCCCUUCUCGGAGCUGCAGAGCGUAUCAAAUUUCACGUGAUUGCUCUGCAGGAGACCAAGUGCAGAAGGAGCGACGUACGACAGAUGAAUGACGGUGCACUCGUCAUUCGUGGAGAGAAGGUUCCGCCGCGAAAUGUAGGCGGCGUUGGUUUUGUUGUGCACCAAUCUGUCGUCCAUCCUGUCGAUUCUCACGAGAUUCUGUCACCUCGUCUGGCCAUUCUUCGCCUCCGCCCUCUGCGCCAAAAACCCAUCAGUAUCAUCAACUGCUAUUCACCAACAUCAGCAGCUGAUGAAGCCGAAUUGGACGCGUUUUACGAGGAGCUGGAGGAAGUAAUCCGCAACGGGAAGUCCUCCUACAAAUUCGUUGUCAGGAUUGGAAGAUUUGGACUAGGGGACAGGAAUGAAAAUGGCAAUCGUCUCGCCGGCCUGUUGUCCGCCGCUCGCCUCUUUCAUGGGAACUCUCUUUUCAUGAAAAAAAUAUCAUCGUCGGUGGACAUGGGAAUCGCCCAAUUGCGCGACUCGUGA